GAGCUGUCAUCCAGCUGAACUCUGAGCAGAACCCACACGGAGGCAGAACCCACACGGAGGCAGAACCCACCCGACCCAGACGUGUGUACCGUCACGUCCUCCGGUUUGCGAGGCGGCCUGAGGACCGGGGCUUGUAGGGUAGCGCUAACUAGCUAGGCUGCUAACGCGGCUAACGGAGGCUAGGCACCGUUAGCUCGGGCUAGCGUAAUGCCAGGCGAGCCUACACCUAGCGCAGCUGCCGGGAGUGGAGACCGCUUCUUCUGUCGCCUGACCCGGGAGCCCGGCGGUGCCACACGGGCUCGGCGGGGAGUCAGGUAGCCGUGUGAGCUAACGAGGUAAAACUCAUCCUCCGCUGCUCUGUGUGUCUUUUCCUCCUGUUGCUGCCCGGGACAACCUGCCAGAAUGGGGAUGUGCUUAGCGUGCUUCGGCGGGGCGGCGGCGGACGACGUCGUGGCCACUCCAGAUCCGGAUGCGAGGAGACGACAGUUGGCCGAGGCCGCAGAGAAGAGACAAAAAGAGACAGCAUACCGUGGUGUUAAAAACCCAGAAGCGGUCGAGAGGAAAAGGAAAAAGCAGGAAGAAAGUGAGAACCAGGCGAUGACAACGACUGCGUCUGGUGGCGGCGGCUUGAGGUGGCAGGUAGGAUGAACACAAGAUGGCAGAAUCUGAAGUCUUGACUCGGAAGUCCAAAACAACGUGGAGCAUCGCUGCAAGAUGACUUGAAAGAUGUCCGAGCUGCUGUCCAUUCGUCAACUUUCUUGUUCUGUUAUUUGCCUAUUUGAUGGUGUUACGAGACAAACAGCUGCCGCUGCUUGAUGCAAGACGAUCUGACGUGAAGAGAUAACAUCAGGACAGCCCCCUUGAUGCCAAGUUACACAAACCAGUGCGGACCUUUGGACAAAUCAAGGAUGAUACACAGUAAUAGCAAAAGCAGGCUAUUUUAUAUUAGACCACACGAAACAAUAUAACUCUAAAGUCAAGUUGUGUCUCUGGGAACACAUUGAAACAAUGUGUCUUCAACACUCUUAUAACAUGAGCUGCAUCACUGCACCUUUCAUUUCAUUUCCACAGUCGAGGAUCAGUAUUCACCGUUGAUCUGUUCAUGGCCAAAUUACUUUUUUUGUCCCGUUAUACAAAGGACUCGUUUCACAAGAUGGACACAGUUUAUGUUUACAUAGCAAUUUUUACUGUGCUUAUUGUAGUUUUAUUGUACAAUAAUGAGCACUCAUAUACCAAUCAUUUCACCCUGUUCAGGCUCUAUGUGUCGGUAACGCAAAGGCUAGUGCAAACAGGGCUGUAACUUGUUGCUAUUGACUGAACUUGUUAUUCUCUUUGCUCGGAGUGUUUCCGUGACUGAUGCACAUUUCACAAUGAAGUCCCCUGGUGCAGCAGGCAAAGCGAGUUAUGUCUUUGAGAUUUUACGAAGACUAUAUGUUCGACAACCAGGCUUAUACUCUGCAGCAUCAUAUAGUUGCUACAUUUGUGAUGAAGGAAGUAAGCACCAAAAAAUAGGGAAUGAUUUAUUGAACUUGUGCACACAACCUUUUGCGCUUUGCACUGGCCUUUGUUAACCCCCCCAACCCCCCCCCCCCUUUUAAUAGAGCCUAAUUUCAACGGAACUUUUUGGGGUUUUCUCUGCACAAUUCCAGUUGAAUUAUUUAAUGCAAAACUCUGACGUGUCGCCUGCUUGAUUUGAAUGAGAUAUCAAUUGUGUUUAUAUAUUACCAUGUGACAAACAGAAGCUUUUGUUAGACAUCUAUUUGCACAAAGUUUGUCAAUAUUUGGUACACAGCAAAUAAGCCAGCUUUCAUUCUAUGUGGAGAGAGAAACUAGUAACAAAAAUAUGAAGAAACCGAAGGAAAGAAUAAGUGAAUUGUGUAUGUUGUGAUUUUUUUCUUAUAAACUAUGACUUACUUUGACUGAGUGCAUUUCUUACAGCCUUCACGUGAUCCUAAAUGCUUCCGGUGUUCUCUCCUUUUUCUAGAACAGGAAAGCCAAUGGUAUUUGCUACAAUAAAUCACAUUUCUGCUA